AUGAUGAGUAUGAUGGGUCAAUUAUGGACUUCAUGCGAGUGCAAGGAAAUGUCAAUAAAGUUUGACAGGCUUGCCAAGUUCGCGACAGAUUUAGUGCCAACCAAUGCAACUAGAGUAGACCGGUUUGUUCGAGGUCUAAAGCCUAUGAUAGCCAAAGAUGCGGAGAUUGUAUCGAUAGGGGGAAAUAAUACAUAUGCUCAGGUUUUGGAAAGGGCUUUCACUGCUGAAAGAAAGGAAGAGAAAAUCUUCUAUACACAACUUAAGACUCAAGAAGGGGUUAAAGAGUACCACAAGAAGGACGAUAAUCUGGUUCCAGUACGUGUGUUCGCUCUCACCAAGCCUCAGGCAGAAGCAAGCACUUCCAUGAGAAUAGUGGAUAGAUUUAAUAGACCUCAUGAGAUGCAUGCUAAGGGGUUUGGGACCAUGUUACCAACUGAGGAGGUGGUAAUAUCUAGGAAGUGCUUUAGAUCUUUGCCUUUGAGGGUAGAUGGUAGGGAGCUAUAUGCAGACUUGAUUGAGCUGGAUAUGUAUGAUUUUGACGUAAUCCUUGGGAUGGAUUGGCUGACGAAGUACAAUGCUACCAUCGAUUGCAAGAAGAAAAUGGUGGUGUUUAAGCUUGACGGAGAGGAGUCCCUUUCGUUCAUGGGAAUAGCAAUAGGACUACGAAUUCACAUCAUUUCAGCGUUAGAAGCUGGGAAGAUGUUACAUCAUGGAUGCAUGAGAUUUUUGGCAAGCGUGGUUAGUACAGCAGAAACGGGGACGCAGAGACCGAAAGACACGAGGAUAGUACGCGACUACUUGGAUGUAUUUCUGGAAGACUUACCAGGUUUGCCACCACAGCGAGAAAUUGAGUUCAUGAUCGAGCUAGUACCAGAAACAGCGUCAAUCUUGAAAGCACCUUAUAGAAUGACACCCGCUGAAUUGAAUGAGUUAAAGGUUCAGCUACAAGAAUUACAUGACCUAGCGACAUUUAUGGACCCUAUGAACAAAGUCUUCAAAGACUAUUUGGAUAAGUUCGUGAUAGUAUUUAUAGAUGAUAUUCUAAUCUAUUCGCGAACUGAAGAGGAACACAGAGAACAACUAAGAUUGACACUACAAAGGUUGAGGGAACAUCAUCUGUACGUGAAAUUCAAGAAGUGCGAAUUUUGGCUAAAUCAGGUGGCAUUCUUAGGACACAUUGUUAGAAAGGAUGGUAUUAAAGUGUGA